UACUGCCGGGGAGUUUCGGCCACGUAAUUUCAAUUCAGUUUAAUGUGUUGCAUAUGAGGCAUAAUUUCGGCGAAUUUUGUUUGUGAAUAUUCCGAAAUAUGAAGCUCUCGAAACAUUUGAUUAUCGUUUCGAUAAUAAUAAAUGUAGCACUAGCUGCAGAAAAAUUCACGAGAGCUGAUGUCAAAUGUCAAGUAUGCAAAGUUGUGAUAAAGGAAAUGACGGAUGAAGUGGCAAAAGUGGGUCCAAAUAAAAUAGUAGAAGUUGGCGGUUUCCGUUUAGAUUCUUCUGGAAAUGCUGUUCGUCAAAAAAAAUCUCUGACGAAGUCCGAAAUGUUUUUAACAGAAUUGAUGGAGAAAGUUUGUGAAAAACUGAACGACUACGUAAGAGUAACUGAUAAGAAGACUGGUAAAUUGCGUUUAAUCAAACUCAUGGUUGACGGUAUGCUGAAUCCAGAUACCUCUGAAGUUGAUUUCGUUCAAGACGAUGAUUUGAAUAAAAGUCUACCUGUCUAUUGUCUAGAAAUAAUUGAAAUUCAAGAAGAGCCGCUUAUGAAAGCUUUUCAAGCGGACAUAUUAGAUGAGAACUUGGAUAUAAAUAUUUGUACAGAAAUAGGCAAUUAUUGCCAAGAUGCUCUCAUAGAGACAGACUACGAUUUCGAAGAAAAAGAAGAGCUGUGAUAGCAUUGUUCACUCGGAGUUGAAUUGCACAAUUUUCCCGAAACAUUGCUUUAUUGGUUUUUGUUAAUAAUUUAAUAUAGUCUUAUAAAAUAAAAAUAAUUUUUAAAAAAAAAUUUUGUAAAUU